AUGGAGUUAAAAGGGAAGAAGUGUGGGCAAAAGAGAGGUUCACAACUCGCAUACCAGGCUCCUCUAGUUCGUAAUUUUAGAAGCAGAAGGCUUCGAACAUCUGAGUGCAAAGCGAGCAGGAGAGGGGGUCACCCGGGUCAGGAUCAUGAGGUCGAGCAAUGUGCUGCCGGCUGCCGGGGCAGAUUAGUUACCGAUGUCGUGCUCGGAGCACCCUCUCGACUACCGAAUGAAGCUACAAUACACCGAAACAAUGCCAGACACGACUAUCUGUAA